AUGCCCACGACGAGUCGUCGAGACCUCCUCUCUGCCGCCCAAGCAUUUUGCAACACAUUCGCUGAACAAAAACCACCCGAGGAGAUCUUCGGCCACUUCUCAUCAUCGGACCGUGUUCUGGCGCUUGAGCAUGGCUUGCCGCAGCUCGCGCCCUUCCUGGGCCGAGAGUUCCGGGGUCAAGAUGGCAUUCGGAAGUACUUUCAGCUGCUGUCUGAAAAGUUGAAAUAUGAAAACAUGCGCUUCAGCAAUUUCGUGGUCGACCCAGAGACGUCAAAGGUAUCAUGUCGCGGAGAGGCUCGGUUUGUGUGGGCUGCUACCGGGCAGGGCUGGGACGAAGUCUUCACCUAUGUUCUGGAGUUUGAUGACCAGAACAAGGUCAAGGUAUAUGAGAUCUGGGCAGACACUGGCGCCGCCUAUCUAGCUAGCAGAGCGGAACUGGAACAGUGA